ACAUGGCGAAUCUAAUUUUUGGAACGCACCCUAGCAGCAGAUUUUUGUUUAUUAAGUCAUUUAUUUCUGGGCAAUGGCUGAUCAGUAAUUAUAGGUGUUGCGUUUUUUGAGCAUCAAUUUUUUGGACGUAGCAUAUUUAUCGUUGGUGUGCAUUAUUGGUGAUAUUUUUAAAUCAGAAUAGUGGUAACCUAACUUGAUACAUCUUUGGAUAAUAAAAUCAAUAAGUACAUACACAACUGUUCUCUUAGCACUUCAAAUACACGCACGUUGACGGUGUAGUUGAAAGAGUUUAUGUUGUUUGAUGUAUGAAUAUUGAAAAUUAUUGAUAAAAGAUUUUAUUAGGCCAGUAAAAUUAAAGUUUAUAUCACAUACUUAAGACUGACAGUUGCUGCAAACAUUGCAUCCUUAUACUUAGUAUACAUAGCUGCUUAAUGUUACUGUCAGCUUGUUUUUGUUUUGAAAGCUGAUAUUUACAUUUGGAAGACAUUGUCUAUACUGUGGUUGUGUCUCCAUAGUAUUAAUGAUUAGAUUGUAAAAUUUUAUAAAUAAGUUUAUCAUGGCUACAUUACCCACACCCACGAAAGUAGCUGGUUCUCACUUGUCUGUAUACGAAAGUUAUUACAAGCUGGUUGAUCCCAACAACCAAGGGCAUGUUGGACCAAAAGAGGCUGCUGAUUUUUUGAAAAAGUCCCAGCUGAGUGAGAAAUUGUUAAUAAAAAUAUGGGACAUGGCGGAUCCUCAUUCACGUGGUUACUUAGACAAGGCAGGCAUGAUCGUUGCCUUAAAAAUGUGUGCUCUAGCCCAACAGGGUCUCGACUUGACUAUUGCAAACAUUUAUGCGGACGUAAAUCCCCCAAUGAUGGGCGAUGUCUCGACACUCAGUAGUUUUUGGACAAUUACUCCAGCAGAAAGGGAGAAAUAUCAAUUACUAUUUCAAAAUCUGGGGCCUGAAAAUGGAUACGUAUCUGGUAACAAAGUAAAAGGAAUACUGAUGGAUAGCAAGUUGCCGCUCGAGAGCUUAGGGAAAAUUUGGGAUCUAGCUGAUAUGGAUAGAGACGGUAAAUUGAAUCGACAUGAAUUUUUCGUUGCCAUGCAUUUGGUAUGCAAAGCUGUUCAAAAGCAUCCCAUACCAAACGUACUACCCAUUGAGCUCAUGGACAGCAAUCGUACUCUCUUAACGGAUCCAAUGCCGCAAGUACAACCGGUAGUGGUGGCGGCUCCUCCACCGCAACUUAUAUCAGGCUUUUCACCCGAGAAAGAAAUAAAAACCGACUGGAUAGUUUCCACUGAAGAUCAAAAAGCAGCGGACAAGCUGUUUGUUCAGGCUGACAAGGAUUUGGACGGUUUUGUAUCUGGAGCUGAAAUCAAAGACAUUUUCAUUCAAAGUGGACUGCCUCAAGCCAUCCUAGCGCACAUUUGGGGUCUGUGUGACAUCUCUCAAAGUGGAAAACUCAACAAUGAACAGUUCGCUCUGUCCAUGUGGCUGAUUAAACAGAAGUUAAGCAACAAAGAGCUUCCUGCCAAGCUGACUCCCGAGAUGAUCCCGCCGUCGUUCAGAAAGAAGGGCGCUGACAGCAACAAGGACAACAACAACGUUUGCAGCUACUCAAAUCCAGAGCUCGACAUGAUUAACAAGGACAUCAUCGAGAUUAUCCGAGAGAAACACAUACUGGAGCAAGACAUAUCCCAAAAGGAGGCGGACAUUAAAAUCAAGAGCGGCGAAAUUAAGAGCCUUCAGAGCGAGCUAGACACUCUGGCGGCAACCCUCAGGCAACUCGAUAGCCAGAAAGGCGAGGCGCAAAAGCGAUUGAAUGACCUCAAGGCUCAGGUCGACAAGCUGCGCCAGCAGGCCGAGGACCAAGAGACGACCCUGUGUGCCCAGGAGGACGAGCUCAAGACCAAGCGCCAAGAAAUCGAGUCGCUGAGGCUGACCGAGCAGAGCCUGGAGAGCCAGCAGAACGACUGCAAAAACAAGCUGAACUCCCUAUCCAACGAGCUACAGAACACCCAGCUGAAGAUCAGCCAGACUAAAGCACAGAUGACCCAGCUCGAGGAGCAGCAGCACCAGAUCCUCGACGCGAUCACUCAGUACGACUCUGCCAUCAACUCGGGCGACAUUUCAAACAUUCCGGAGACCCUGUACUACUUGAAGAUUGACUGGUCCGUCUAUGACAUCAAUAAAAAGAACAGCCAGAUCGACGACGAGUCAAACAAGGAAAACAAGGACGCGUUCAACAACAACAACAACAACAACAACAACAACAACAACAACAACAACCAGGAAGUCAAGGAGGCAAAGUUCGCGACGUUUGGCGAUGAUUUCGGCAGUAGCAACAAGGAUCCCUUCGCCAGCGACCCAUUCAACGAGAAAUCCUACGACCCCUUCAACGACGGCGUCUCGCCCAAGGGUUCCUCGGCGGACAUGGCCCAGGUGAAGGACCCCUUUGGUGAGGAUCCGUUCGCUGCCCUCCACGCGCCGGUCAAGUCCGAGAGCUCCAGCCCAGCUCUGCCCGCCAAGCAAGCCAAGAAACCGCCUCCGAGGCCCGCCCCUCCAAAAAUGGCUGGGGCGAGGAACACCCCGCCGCUGGGCGCGUCGUCCAUAAUGAAUACUUCGGAUCCGUUUGCUGAGAAGACAACUUCGGGAGGCACCGGAGGCAGCGACGCGUUCGGCUUUGCCGAUUUCGCGAACUUUGACGGGAAAUAAUUCUGUCGGUAUUGGUAGAUGCUUCUGGAUAUGUUACUCUGGAAGAUUCAUCGCCUUUACUGCUAUUGUUAUAGUGUUUCGCGAAAAAAGUAUUACAGCUGGUCUCCUGUGUUUUUUUUUAUAUACCUGUGUUUUAGCUCGAAAUUAUAAAAAUAUAUCGUAUGAAAUGUGCGUGCACGCAUCAGCAAAACGUUAGUCAUUAAACUUUAUAAGAUAUAUAUGUUCAUGUAUAAAUAUCUAUUGGUUAUUAUCAAUUUAUUAUAAAAACUAUUUAUGAAAACUGUUGUCAGUCAAUAAAUGUAUUGAAAAACAA